GUGGGCGACGAGGAAUAUACAGCUGUCCGCAGUGACGGGCGACGUAGUGGACGAGCAGAAGACCUCUCUGAGCACCAUGCAGGGGACGGCGGGCCCAACAGCAGAAUCCCUCGUCUACAAGGCCACAUGUGCCCACGGCGGGCAUCGAGAGCUGUCUGCACUAACCCAGGAGCUAUCAGGGCAGCUCCCGUCGGGCGAGCUAGACCGGGCACUGGGGGACAAACAGCUGUUCGCUGUGACGUGCGGAGCGGACGGACAGAAGACGGUCGUGGCCAAGACGUCGGUGAGGCUGUGCAGGGCGCGGGAGUGCGGCAGCGACUGCUCUAAUGUACACCUGUGCAAAUUCUACCUGCUGGGCGAGGACUGCCCGCAUAACCGUGGAAGGCGCGUGUGCCGCUUCAGUCACGACCUGUACUCGGACCACAACAGCCGGUUGCUACGGCAACACCACCUGCAGGACCUGCAGAGGGAGGAGCUUUGCACUCUGCUCCUGCAGAACGACGGAACUCUGCUGCCACAGGUGUGUUUCACGUACAACAGAGGAUCCGGUGAGUUUGGCUUCUGCCCUGACAAAGAUGGCUGCCGCCGGCUACACGUGUGCGAGAACUACCUGAGGGGCACCUGCCACACGGGAGACUGUGACCGGUCACAUGACUUCUUCGAGCCUCACCCAAUGAGAGCGCUGCAGGGGCGGAGCCUGUCCAGCGGAAUGGUGGCGUCCCUGCUGCCAGUGUUCCGGAAUGUCCUGGCGAUGCGGGAUUCAACCAAUCAGGGUGCUCACGGCAAACCAAGAGAGCCCGAGAUAUGCCUCUAUCAUAUCAAGAGCUUCUGCAAGCAAGGAAACAGGUGUGUGAAGGUGCAUUUCCACCUGCCGUACCGCUGGGAGUUUAAGGAUGGUCAGGGCUGGUCCAUGCUCACAGACAACGAGGCCAUAGAGCGAGACUACUGCCAGCCCUCCAAGACAUACAGUGGGGGGAGCUAUCCGGUGCACUUUGACACCAUGACACGGAACUCAGCCGAGGUGCGGCGCGUCUCCACGGUCUCCGCGGCAACGCAGCCCAACUUCCUGCUGACCACCAGGUGGCUCUGGUACUGGGAGGACGAGUUCGGACACUGGACACAGUACGCAACAUCGGAGGGCGGGCAGCACUCCUCUUCCAUCACCUGUGAGGAGCUGGAGAAGAGAUACGUGGAGGACAACAGCUCUACUGUAGAGUUCACCGCAGGAAAACACACCUACCAACUCAGCAUGCAAGACAUGAUUCAAAGUAAUAAGCGCUUUGGCACCAAGAGGCUGGUGAGGAGAAGACCUGUCUUUGUUUCAGCCGCAGAUGUCCAGAGGAUCAAAACCAGCUCUGUACAGGGCCCCAGAGGUUUGCCUCGCCACUGGGAUAAGCAGGACAUGCCAGAAACGGGCUUUAAGAGGGUGAAGCUGGACUUCAGCUCUCAGGAAUGCACAGCUAUAGUGGAUCUCUUCAGCAAGACCAUGUCCGGCUACCUGGUGACCAGCAUUGAGAGGGUACAGAACAGAGCACUCUGGGACGUCUUCCAGUGGCAAUCUGAUCAGAUGAGGAAAAGCAACUCUGGCAGCACAAAUGAAAAGAUCCUCUUUCACGGGACAGACGCCAAGCACAUAGACGCCAUCUGCCAACAAAACUUUGACUGGCGCCUCUGUGGCACUCACGGCACCGCAUACGGCAAAGGAAGUUACUUCGCCCGAGAUGCAGAGUACUCUCACAAGUACACGAGUCCAUCAGCACCGCGCUGCAUGUUUGCAUGUAGGGUCUUACUAGGACGGUCUACCAGAGGCAGGUCCAGCUACGUCCGCCCUCCACCCAGGGAAGACAACCCCAGCGCGCUCUACGACAGCUGUGUGAAUAGCAUGUCCGACCCAUCCAUAUUCGUGGUGUUCGAGAAACACCAGGUGUAUCCGGAGUACCUGAUUCAGUACAGGGAGAAAGCUGACCCGGCAGCAGCCAUCUUGGAAUCGGAAAGGAUGCCUCCACAACAUCAAGUCCGUGUUUCGCCAGCCUUGCCAGAUGUUAAUGUGGUGGCCAGGCCAGCAGACACGACUCCGAAGGUGGUAGUUGGUACGCCACAUGUUUAUCACUGCGUGAACAUGGCCAGGCCAGCAGACACGACUCCGAAGGUGGUGGUUGGUACGCCACAUGUUUAUCACGCCGUGAAAAUGGCCAGGCCAACAGACACGACUCCGAAGGUGGUGGUUGGUACGCCAAGUGUGCCGUCAUCACCGUCGCCUGUGUCCCGUCAGGAUUGUUUGCUUGUCCCAGUGAAUGCUGCUCAAGAAGCUUCAGCUGCUGUAGCAGCCAGUGAUGGGAGUGCAUUGUCUUCCUCUCCUGCAGCUUUGAGCUCAGCAUCAGCCACACUGCCCUCUGCAGGAUCCAAUGAAAACAGCAAGAGCGAGACAUUUACAGAUUUGAUCCAGUACUUCUAUCAGCUCUCAAAUAACACAUGA